ACUUAGUUACUUUCCACCACUGUUAUCUAGUGUAGUGCUGAUAUAUGGAGUGAGGGGAGGGGGUGUGUAGUAUAAUUUGGCUGGUGUGUCAGGAGUGUGACUGACUGGGCGUGAGUGUCACAUGCCGCCACAGAGACAGUGCCACAGACAGCAGUUUGACAACUCAGCGCUUCCCCAGGAAAGACACAAAAUCAGCGAUUAAACAUCUCUGGACCUGCAGGAGACCGACGGCAAUGGCGACCAGUGACAGGCAGGCAACUCUAGACUCGUGGCUUAACCAGGCCACAGACCCAAACAAUCAGGAGGACAGAUGGGACUGCAUCCAGAGCUUCUACCAGCUUGUCAACCAAGAGACUGAUGGCCCACAGGUAGCCAUUCGCCUUCUUGCCCAUAAAAUCCAGUCGCCACAAGAGAAACAGGCUCUGCAGGCUCUCACUGUUCUCGAGGCAUGUAUGAACAACUGUGGAAAGAGUUUCCACAGCGAGGUGGCCAAGUUUCGCUUUCUCAAUGAGCUCAUCAAACUUUUAACACCAAAGUACUUUGGCGCGUGGACUCCACAGAAAGUUAAGGACCGAGUGACGGAGGUCCUCUACGGCUGGACUCUUUGGCUUAAAGAAGAACCUAAGAUUCAGGAAGCUUACUGCAUGCUCAAGAAACAAGGUAUUGUGAAAAAAGAUCCCAUACUACCAGACACCGUUAUAAUGCCACCUCCAACGCAAAGAACCACAGAAUCUGUUUUUGACCAGGAGGACAAGGCCAAGCUUUUAGCCAGAUUAUUAAAAAGUGCUCGCCCUGAAGACCUGGAAGCUGCCAACAGACUCAUUAAAAGCACCAUCAAAGAGGAGCAGGAGAAGGCAGAGAAAGUUUCAAAGCGCAAAUCUACUCUGGAGGAAGUAGAGAGCAGCACCAAACAGCUCAGAGAGCUACUGCGCCAGCACACCAUCACUGGAAACUCGUUACAGCCCAGUGAUGACAUAAAGGCCCUGUAUGAGCGCUGUGAUCGGCUGAGGCCCAGCUUGUUCCGCCUGGCCAGCGACACGAUGGACGACGACGUAGCUCUGACACAGAUCCUGGCGGCUAACGACGAGCUUACGCUUGUAGUAAACGCCUACAAAGACCGAGUGGGGAAGAGAGAGUGUAACGGGGGAAGGGAAAGAAGUAGAAGCGAGGAGAAUAAAAAUAAUGCUCCAGAGAGUCCCAGAGAGAUUAAAAGCUACCACCUCAUCGACCUGUCGGCACUGGACUCUCCACAGACGCGCAGGAAAAAUGCUGAUUCUCCACCAUCCUUUGAAUCCUUUUCACCCAUGUUUUCCUCUCUUCUGGAAAGUACCUUCCACUCAGUGGCUGAACAGGACUUAAAUGAACUAGAGUUAGAUAAUCUGGUCUCAAAACAGACUCAAGAGACUUCAAGGUCCUAUUAUGAAGAACUGCUGCAGCUUAAUGGAGAGGUUCAGACAAAGAAGAAUGCUGAGCAGAAUGGAGGCAGAGGUGUUGUGUUGAGAGCCCGUGGAUGUGGAGGGAGCAGUGCUACAUCAAAUGGGACUAACAUCUGGUCGUUUCCUUACCAUCAACAGUUUACAGAGUCAGGAUCAACGUCCCAGUCGCAGAAACAACUCACUGAAGUGUCGGGAUCUCCAGUGAAAUUAGAGGAGAGCUCGUUUACCCCACAACUCCUGAAAAACAUCUUUGUUCCAAUGGAAACCAUCAAACCCGGUGAUCUUGAGCCGAUCACUUUGUACGAUCAGGGCGGCGUCCGCGUAUCCCUCCAUUUUGCCAAAGACUCCCCGCCGGGUUAUCCAGGUGUCGCUGUGGUCGUCAUCUCCACAGUGAACACAUCUGCCCUCGAUGUGAAAGACUUCCUGUUUCAAGCUGCUGUUCCAAAGACCAUGUUGGUCAAACUUCAGCCUGCCUCAGUGACACACCUACCUCCUUACAACCCUCUCCUGCCUCCGCCCGCCGUCUCCCAGGUCCUCCUAUUGGUUAAUCCUCACAAGCGAAAGGUGCGUCUACGCUACAAGUUGACACUGACACAUGGAGACCAAAAGCUGAACCAGACCGGAGAGAUUGACAACUUUCCUGACUGGACUGCUUUGAUCUGCCACUAAAAAAAAACUUCUGAAACUUGGAAUAAAAAACAAAAACAAACUCUGGACCUAAGAUAUAGAGAGAGUAAAAUAAAACCUAGUGAGAAAGGAAAAACUCAACAAAAAGGUGGUAAACUUGUGACAAGGCCUCAUGAGGUAAACAAGGAAACAUCAAUAUCAAAAAGUCUGUAUUUUCAGAAAUAGAAGAUUUUGAGUUUCCCAUUCCUGUUUUAUAACAUCGCAGCAACUGUGAUACAAUAAUGAUGAAACAAUCUCAGAAAGAUUUAUAUUACUCUAAAAAAGGUGAGUAAACUCUAUUUCACUCAUGAAAGUGUUAACAGUUCAGGUGGGUUCGGUACAUCCCCGAUUGUACCUGAUUCAGGUUUUUUAAUAUUCUGCUGUUUCUGCGACUGCGGCCUCCUGCCUGUUGUUAAAGCGCAGUUUGAUAAUACAGUUCAUCACAAUACCCAUAUAUGCUGACACGUAGCUGGUUACAUGUCUGGACAUGGCAAUUGGUAUUUAUUUGAUUUUGUGCAUUUGUGACAUUCAAAAUACCAAAAGUGCCUUAAUAUAGGAAGAUGGGUUUUAAAAUGUAUUUAUUUUAAGAAAUUAGGUUGUCUUAAGGAAUGAAAGUGUUAGAAACCUUUGUAUUUUCAGGUAAUUUUCUGUACUUGACUGCAACGUUCAUUAAAAACAUAAUGAUACUAUAGUUUUGACGUGGCAUUUUAUGCAAGGUAUGUUUUUAAGAACUAACUUAAAACACAAGCAAAUGAAGGAAAGAUCUUCACUGAGACAAAACAUAGGCAGCAUUUAGAAAAAAAACAAUUCAGCCAAUAUACUGUAUUAAGCAUAAGCUAAUCAAGCAACACUUUUCCUAACCUGACCACAUGUGGCACAAAGAAAUGACCAACAAAUACAGAAAUAAAACAAACACACAAAUGCUGCAAUUUCAGCACUUAAUUGUCAACGUAAAUUUUCUCAGGACUCAUCGACUUCUCAGUAAUGUUCGAAAACUGUGUUGCAUUAUAUUCAGUUGGCCAAAAAACGCCCUGUGAGUUUACUUGUUAGCAUGCAUUGGGAGGAAGUGGGGGGCUCUUAUUGUAAAAAAAAAAAAAAAAACCAGGAUAGUUGUUGCUGGCAUAAA